AAUUGCUUUUCCUUGUUAAUGUUACAUUUUAUCUUGUAAUUCCUAUAUCUGAUGUUUAGUGCCUUGCGACAUGAGUAUUUCAAGAUAUUUUGCUUUUUAGAGAUAAUUUAUUUAGUAUGUCUAGUCUUAUGGAAUGACAAAUUGCUAAUUACUUGAAAACUGUUCUUAAAACAUUUUAACACUAAAGUGGGUUGUUGUUUUUUUGCUACAAUAAAACCCACAUUACUUUCAAAUAGAAUGACAAAAUGAGGAAUGACUGUAAUGUCCCAAGGUUUGGCAUAUAAAGAUCUUGAGAGGGGGCAAAAGGACCACAAACUGAGAGCGAAUAGCUUAUUAUAAUGAAGGCUUAUGUUUUAAACCACAAACACUUCAGCAAUCUGAAUGUGGAAGGAGAGUUAUUGAAAUGAAUAUUAAUGAUUGAGUCCUUAUGAGUGCCAAUUAUAAAUCUCAUUUGAGAUUAUAACAGCUUCUUGUAAAACUCUGAAUUUGCUGAUCCAGCAUGUUACCAUGUAUGGAAUAGGAAAGGACUUGAGAUCAUUGUGAGUCUAGAGAAAAGAAGACUGAAGCUCCCCCACAAGAUGGCAGCUGCUGAAGACGAAUUACUGCUGCCACGGCUCCCCGAGCUGUUCGAAACCAGCAAGCAGCUCCUGGAUGAAAUGGAAGUAGUGACUGAACCCACCGGUUCCCGGAUAGUCCAGGAUAAGGUGUCAAAGGGACUGGACCUCCUUGAGAAGGCUGCCGAAAUGUUAUCAGAGCUCGACUUGUUCAGCCGAAAUGAAGAUUUGGAAGAGAUUGCUUCCACCGACCUCAAGUACCUGAUGGUGCCAGCAUUUCAAGGAGUUCUCACCCUGAAACAAGUCAACCCCAGCAAGCGUCUAGAUCAUUUGCAGUGGGCUCGAGAACAUUUUAUGAACUACUUAACUCAGUGCCAUUACUAUCAGGUGGCAAAGUUUGAGCUGCCCCAAACCAAGAACAACUCAGCUGAAAAUAACGCUGCUAGUUCCUCUGUGGCCUAUCCUAGCCUUGUUGCUAUGGCAUCUCAAAGACAGGCUAAAAUAGAGAGAUACAAGCAGAAGAAGGAGGUGGAGCAAAGGUUGUCUGCACUGAAAACUGCUGUGGAAAGUGGUCAAGCCGAUGAUGAGCAUGUUCGUGAAUAUCACCUCCUUCACCUUCGGAGGUGGGUUGGCCUCAGCUUAGAGGAGAUCGAGAGCAUUGACCAGGAGAUAAAGAUCCUGAGAGAAAGAGACUCUUCAAGAGAGGCCUCAGCUUCUCAUUCAUCUCGUCAGGAGAGGCCGGCAGUGAAGCCCUUUAUUCUCACUCGGAACGCAGCCCAAGCCAAGGUAUUUGGAGCUGGUUAUCCAAGUGUGGCUUCUAUGACAGUGAGUGAGUGGUAUGAUCAGCAUCAGAAAUAUGGAACAUUGCCAGAUCAGGGAAUAGCUGAGGCGGCACCAGAAUUAAAAAGAGCAGCCCAGGACGAUCAAGAACAAAAGGAGGAAGAGGAUGAUGAGCAAACGCUCCACAGAGCGCGGGAGUGGGAUGACUGGAAGGACGCCCAUCCUAGGGGCUAUGGCAACCGCCAGAACAUGGGCUGAUCUCCCACAGCACGACAUGACGACGGUCGCACAUCUUCCCCACCAAGGAAAACUGUGCACUCUUCCCCUGCCUAGAAUCCUGCUUCAGCUGUGGACAACGAAAGCCAAGAUGCUGCAUCUUACUUUGCAUUCAAUAAAGUGUCGAAUGAGUCAGUGUGUACUUGUAUCCUGAAUAAUGAACUAGCAGUCUUGUUUGGCAUUAUCUUCCUCAUCAGGAGGUAUUCUAGUUUCUUGAAUGGAAAGAAAAGAGCACCGAGAAAUGGUUCUGUACAAUCAAUGUCUGUAUGAAUUCUCUUUAAAAAAUAAUAGAAGUCCCUUCUAUUAAUGAGCAUGUGAAGGAAAAAAAAAAAGUCUGACUGGAAAUUGAUAAUGUAAGGUAGUGGCAAUUUUCUCCUGCCCUUUAAAAUUCUGACUUAUUCAGGGUAUCUUUCAUGAAUGGGAAUAUUGUUUUGAAUAUUGAGUAAGAAUAUUGAGAAAUUUGUUGGUGUGCAAGGAGGUGCAGAUACUGAAUGAAGCAGAUAAAGUUAUCUGAGCACGUGGAAUCAUAAUGGGAAAAUACACGGGGACUUACAAGCAAAGAGGAAAAUAAUCUUCCAUAACCUGUAUAUUCUUUUAUACAACACACACACACACACAUCUCUGUUUAAAGAUGGCUUCACCACUAUGUGCGUGUACAUACAAGAUUGCUUGUGAUUCUGCCUCAUAGGCAUGCAGUCUUGCCCCCAAGAGAGGAGGCUGCUACCCAAGAGACUGUUUGUCAUUUUCCAUUUAUUCAUGAAACAUUUAAUGAGGAUCAUCAGAUAAGGUGCAGCAACCACAUUUCAGAUAGGGGCACAUUCAGGAUACUGUGGACGUGCAUAAGAGAGGCAGCUAACUCAGUUUUGGGAGAGAAGGAGCUUUCUCGGACAUGAAGUGUGCUCAUAAGUAGAGAAGGCUUCCCAGAACAGGCAGUACCUGUCUUCAAAAGGAGAAGUAGUUUACUAAAUGGGCACCAGAGCACAGGGCAUUUCAGCAGGCGAGCAGCAGGUACAAUAACCCAAGGUAUCAUGAAUCCUGGAACAAUCUAGGAAUUGAAAAUAGUUCAGUACGUUUGGCGUAUAGGAGAUUUGGGGGACAUGACGAGAGAUAGAAUUGGUGUGGCAGACAGGAGCUGUAUCAUUACGGAUAUUGACUUAGGUGUAGAGUUCAGCUCUUAGCGUUAGAGUUUGUACAGUUCUGAAGAUCAUAGAGAAAAAGAGCUCACUUGUAAGCAGCAUGGAAGAUGGAUUUAAAGGUUCAAGACUAGAAGUGAGGAGAGACCAGUUGGUAGGCUAUUUGGUUGGUGGGAGAUGGAUUGGGAAGAGUCAAGCAUGGAUUCCAGGUUUCCGGCUGGGACAAUGGGUAAGUAUAGUAAUAGUGCCACUCAUUUAGAUAAGAAACCCAAGGAGCAGGUGGGGGGUUGGUAAGCAGAAUGAUGACUUUGAUUGUGGACAUCUUGGGACACCCCGGGGAGACAUUCAAUAAUCAACUGGGUAAGUAGAAGGGAGACCUGGAUUUGGCAGUUCUCAGCAUAUAAGUAGUAGUAAAUGCCUCGGAAAGAGGGUCAAAAACAGAACCAGGGGGAACAUUAGCAUUUAAGGGAGGGCAGAGGAAAAAGAGCCGCAAAAAGAGACUGGAAGGUGGAGACUGAGAGGAAGGAAAGCCAGAGAGAAGCAUCUUAGAAGCCAACAUAGGAGAGAGUCACAAGGAAGCGAGAUAGCAGCCAUGUCACGUCAUAGAGAGAUGAGCUGGAUCAAAGAUGGAAAAAUGCCCAGACGUGUUAGCAACGAAGGGUUCAUUGGGGACCUCUCCCAAGAGAAGAGAAGAGAAGAGAGACAGCAGGUUGAGGGAGUGAUUUUUGGAGGACGGGACAGGUACAAGCAUGUUUAUAUGCUAAAAACUAAAAACCCGCAGAGAAGUUGAAGACACCAAGAAGGUGGGAGGGGCCAGUCUCCAGAGCAAAACAAAAAAAAAAGGGACUGGCUUUAGGUAGGAACAGUGAGCCAAUUUAUCGAGUCCCUGCCUAGUGGCCUGUAAUGUCAUUUGGGGAGAAACGUAGCAGGUUAUAGAGCUUGAAAAGAAUGAUAAAAUUUUGAAGUAUCUCUUCCAGGAAAUAGGAGAAAGAGUAGCGAAAUGUGAGGAUUUUCAAGAAACCCUGGGGGGGUUUGUUCAGUCACCCAGGCUCAGGAGCAAAAGUGGUAGAUCGCUGCAUGGAUUCGGGGUUAAGGGUUUGUCAUGCGGGUGAGACGGAAGGAAUAUGAGGGAGCCAAGGAGUCUGCAAAAAAGAAGCUGUAAGGAUGUUCUGUGGGGUUAAAGCACUAGGAGAAAAGGAAGAGAGGGGUCCCGGGACUCAGGGUCUCUUAAAGGGCAAAUAGCCGGUGGGGUGGGUGCAGGGGUGGUGGUCUUUCCUGCCAUCCAUGAGUCACUUGUUCUGCUGGAAAUCUGGCUUCACUGGGUUCUUAGAGUUUCUUUUAUUCUCUUAUGUUACUAUUAGAAUGAAUGAGAGUAGCUACCAUUUGACUGUUAGUUUGUGCCAGGCACUGUUGUAAGUGCUCUACAUAGAUUGACUCCCUGGAUCCUCACACCUCCCAAUGAUGUGGGAACUAUUAGUUACCCCCAUUCUACAGAGGUGGUAACAGAGAAGUUAGACAGCAGUAUGGGGUGUACUAGUCAGCUUUUGCUAGGUUAUGUUGUGAUAACAAAAUCUCCCAUCUCAGUGGUUUACAACAAUAAAAGUUAUUUUUUGCUCCUG